AUGGCCGAAUCGGUCGAGCUUCCGAGUCGCUUGGCGAUCCUUCCUUUCAGAAACAAGGUCCUCUUACCUGGUGCUAUCAUCAGAAUCCGUUGCACUUCCCCUAGCAGUGUGAAGUUGGUGGAACAAGAACUUUGGCAGAAAGAAGAGAAAGGGUUGAUUGGAAUCCUGCCUGUACGCGAUGGUCUUGAAAUUAAGUCAGCGGGUCCCACAGCAUCUCAAGGUGCAGGAGCCAAUAUUCCAGAGCAAAGUUCAAAACUUCAGGACGGUUCAUCAGAUUCUCUCAAGCCUGAUACCAAAAAGCAGAAUGACGUUGUUCAUUGGCACAACAGGGGGGUUGCUGCCCGACCAUUACAUUUAUCAAGGGGAGUGGAGAAACCAAGUGGAAGGGUCACAUAUACCGUUGUUCUUGAAGGUUUGUGUAGAUUUAGUGUCCUGGAACUAAGCACAAGAGGAAUAUACCAGACUGCAAAGAUAUCUUCCCUUGAGAUGACCAUGACUGAGAUGGAACAAAUAGAGCAAGACCCAGAUUACAUAAUGUUGUCUCGCCAAUUCAAAGCAACAGCAACGGAGCUUAUUUCUGUUCUGGAGCUGAAACAAAAAACCGGUGGAAGAACCAAAGUCCUUUUGGACAACGUUCCUGUUCACAAGUUAGCUGAUAUAUUUGUUGCAAGUUUUGAGAUAAGUUUUGAAGAACAACUAUCUAUGUUGGAUUCAGUUGGCCCUAAAUUAAGGCUUUCAAAAGCAACUGAAUUAGUUGAUAGGCAUUUACAGUCAAUACGUGUAGCUGAGAAAAUUACACAGAAGGUUGAAGGUCAAUUGUCAAAAUCUCAAAAAGAGUUUCUUCUGCGUCAGCAGAUGAGGGCUAUAAAAGAAGAACUUGGUGACAAUGAGGAUGAUGAGGAUGACUUGGUUGCGCUUGAAAGAAAGAUGCAGAGUGCAGGAAUGCCACCAAAUGUAUGGAAACUUGCACACAGAGAGUUGAGGAGGCUUAAAAAAAUGCAGCCUCAGCAACCUGGGUACAACAGCUCGCGUGUUUACCUAGAUCUUCUUGCUGAUCUGCCCUGGCAGAAGGCCAGUGAAGAGAAUGAACUAGACUUAAGAGCUGCACAAAAGCGACUGGACAGUGAUCACUAUGGUUUAGUGAAGGUCAAGCAACGGAUUAUUGAAUACCUGGCAGUUCGCAAGCUUAAACCAGAUGCAAGGGGUCCAGUGUUGUGCUUUGUUGGACCACCAGGUGUUGGGAAAACAUCACUUGCAUCUUCUAUUGCUGCUGCUUUGGGCAGAAAGUUUAUUCGCAUAUCCCUUGGUGGAGUCAAGGAUGAGGCCGAUAUUAGAGGACAUAGGAGAACAUACGUUGGAAGCAUGCCUGGGCGGCUUAUAGAUGGAUUAAAGAGAGUAGCUGUUUGCAAUCCUGUUAUGUUGCUUGAUGAAGUUGACAAGACAGGUUCUGAUGUUCGUGGAGAUCCAGCUUCAGCAUUGCUAGAAGUUCUUGAUCCAGAACAAAAUAAAACAUUUAAUGAUCACUAUUUGAAUGUUCCAUUUGAUCUGUCCAAGGUAAUUUUUGUGGCUACAGCAAAUCGGAUGCAGCCUAUUCCUCCACCACUUCUGGAUAGGAUGGAAGUGAUUGAACUUCCUGGAUAUACACCUGAGGAAAAGCUCCAAAUAGCCAUGAGGCAUUUGAUUCCAAGAGUUUUGGACCAACAUGGGUUGAGUUCUGAGUUUAUUCAGAUUCCAGAGGCAAUGGUGAAACUUGUCAUUCAGAGAUAUACCAGGGAAGCUGGUGUGCGGAAUUUGGAGAGGAAUCUUGCUGCUCUGGCUCGUGCUGCUGCAGUAAGGGUUGUAAAGCAAGAACAGGUGGUUCCAUUAAACAAAGGGAUACAAGGACUUUCUACCCCACUUCUAGAAAGUAGACUCUCUGAUGGAACUGAAGUUGAAAUGGAUGUGAUACCAAUGAGUGUGAAUAGUCGGGACAUCAACACAUUCAGGAUUUCCUCUCCAUUAGUUGUUGAUGAAACCAUGCUUGAAAAAGUUCUUGGGCCUCCAAGAUUUGAUGAUAAAGAAGCUGCAGAACGCGUGGCUUCCCCUGGGGUCUCUGUUGGGCUGGUUUGGACUGCUUUUGGUGGAGAGGUUCAGUUUGUGGAGGCUUCAGCAAUGCUAGGGAAGGGUGAACUGCAUCUCACUGGACAACUUGGCGAUGUAAUCAAAGAAUCAGCUCAGAUUGCACUAACAUGGGUAAGGGCAAGGGCAACUGAUUUUAGGCUGGCUGCUGAAGAGGGAUUUAAUCUUCUGGAGGGCCGUGAUGUACAUAUUCAUUUUCCUGCGGGUGCUGUUCCUAAAGAUGGCCCGUCGGCAGGUGUGACUUUAGUCACGUCAUUGGUAUCUCUUUUCACUCAGAAAAGCGUGAGAUCAGAUACAGCUAUGACUGGAGAGAUGACAUUGAGGGGAUUAGUUCUACCUGUUGGAGGUGUCAAGGACAAGAUAUUAGCUGCCCAUCGGUAUGGUAUCAAGAGAGUUAUCUUGCCUGAAAGGAACCUGAAAGACUUGGUUGAAAUACCAUCAACAGUACUGGCCAAUUUGGAGAUACUGCCAGCAAAUCGGAUGGAAGAUGUGUUAGAGCAUGCUUUUGAUGGAGGGUGCCCAUGGAGACAACACUCUAAGUUAUAG